AUGGAGACAACUACCGGCACACUGUCUCCACCGCUCGGCAGGGGUCGUCUUGCCGUGAUCAACCUGAUUGUUGCUAUGUGCCAGUUCAACGAUCAGAAGCUCAAGGAAGAAGUUUGCCGACUUAACUUCAUCCCCUUGUUUAUGGCAAGCGUUAUUGCUUGGAUGGUCGUCGUCGCCGACUGGCAGGAUUGCUCAAUUUGGCUCACUACUGAGGGUCAAGUCUAA